GAACCUCUUCGAAUCGUGAACGGUGGAAUUAAAAAAAUAUUUUAAUGAGUUAUUUUACGCAAAGUAACUUUUGUUUACUUACGUGCGCGUGCGCAGCGUUAGACAAUGAUUAAGACCACGCAUCAUAAAGGUCACACAUUGAUUGCGCGGAUACCCUUGACCGCAAAAUUACAUUCACCCAGUACGGCCGGCGUUUCCCAACCAGCCAAGGAAUCAAACUAAAACGAAUUAUAUUUCAUAAUGACCAACAGGUUUGUUGCAACAGUGGCGGCUGCAGUGUUGCACACGAGAGCGCCGCUAGACCGCUGAAUCAUAGCUACAUUGUGACUGAAUCGGAUACGCGAUUAGGACGUCCAUUCUGUGCAAUCCGCGAGCGGUUGGUAAACAAACGGCACCACGUGGCGGGAAAUUAGAAUUCCGAAUUAACGUUCCGAAUUUAAAUACGAAUGGCAGCGUUCGGAAACAUCAUAUAAGAAGUGGAAUGAACAAUGAGUGUGCUGGCGGAGGUGUCUCGGUUGAUGGUGAACACGGUGGCCGCGCUGCCGCCGCCGGGCCCGCUGCCGAGCUCGUUCCAGUUCCAGCACAACGGCUCCAACUUCGCCAUCUUCCUGAUCCUGUUCGCACUGUGCAUGAUGGAGGUCGUGGUGCUGAGGAUCAUCACGGAGGAGCAGGCGCGGGGCGAGCGCGCGCCAAGGAGCGUCACCUCGCUGUGGUUCGAGCUAGAUGAUGACUGAAGUCUACAGCUACACCCGCGGCUGCGUCGUGACUCGUGGCUCUAGCUACAUUAGGGGAUUAGGGAAUAUUCAAUGUGUGAUCCCGAAUAGUAGCUUCAGGUGCGUUCGUUUCAUUGUGAUCCUGGUGUGCUUUUAGUGAAGGUGAAGGAACUCGAAGGAUUGUGGUUUCAAGGACAUUGAAGCCUCGUAGCAGGUAGUGGUCGUCAAGGAUGGUGGACUUUUUUAUUAGCGUGUGAUAUUUUUAACGACAUUGUUGGCUAAAUAUAAUGUGUUUAGUUUUGA